AUGUCGCAGAAUGGCAUAGGAGGAGGUGAUGAACAGCAAUACGAUGCCCUCAUCGUCGGCGCCGGCUUCGCGGGCAUCUACACGCUGAAGAGUCUGCGUGAUGACCUCGGGCUUAAGUGUCUCUGUAUCGAUCAAGCGGGCGAUGUAGGCGGGACGUGGUACUGGAACCUCUACCCGGGCGCCAUGUCCGACACAGAAUCCUACGUCUACCGGUACUCCUGGGACAAGGACGACCUGGCGACGUAUCCCUGGAAGGAACACUACGUCAAGCAGCCGGAGGUGUUGGCGUAUCUGCGGCAUGUGACGGAGAAGUUUGGAUUGAGGCGGGAUAUGGAGUUUGAGACGAUGUUGGUGGGGGCGGAGUGGGUUGGGGAGAAGGAGGGGUGGAGGGUCACGGUGAAGGGGAGGGAGGGCGAGAGGACUGUGCGGGCGAGGUAUGUGGUUAUGGGGUUGGGGUUGUUGUCGAGGCAGAAUGUGCCGGAUAUUAGGGGGAUGGAUGGGUUUGAGGGGGAGAUGGCGCAUACGGGGAAGUGGCCUGCGGGGCUUUCUGUUGAUGGGAAGCGUGUGGGCGUUAUUGGGUCUGGUUCUACGGGUAUUCAGGUCAUCUCAGAGAUCGCUCGCAAGGUCAAGACUUUGACGUGCUUCCAAAGGCAUCCACAGUAUAGCGUUCCUUCUGGUGAUAGAAAAGUGACUACAGAGUAUCGACAGUGGGUAAAUGAAAAUUAUGAUGAGAUUUGGAAAACAGUUAGAGAUUCCACGACGGCGUUUGGAUUCAAAGAGAAGGAGCGACAACGGAUCUUCCAGGAAAAUUGGGAUAAGGGAAAUGGAUUCCGCUUCAUGUUUGGAACUUUCAACGACAUCUCGAUCGAUGCCGAGGCCAACGAAGGUGCUUGCGAGUUCAUCCGGAGUAAGAUUGAUGAGAUUGUGAAAGAUCCAGAAAAGGCGCGCAAACUGAAGCCGUAUGAUCUGUACGCCCGACGGCCACUGUGUGAUGGUAAUGCUUCGAGUGGGCAGACGUACUUCGAGCAGUUCAACCGGCCGAAUGUCGACAUUGUUGAUUUGAAGGAGACGCCGAUCGAUCAGAUCGAGGCCAAGGGCAUUCGGACCGGUGAUGGCCAUCUGCAUGAACUGGAUGUGAUCAUCCUGGCGACUGGAUUCGAUGCUGUGGAAGGUAAUUACAACCGCAUGAGGAUCCAUGGUCGAGGAGGCAAGACUCUCAAAGAUGCGUGGGAGGAGGGUCCUACCAGCAUGUUCGGCGUACACAUUCCGGAUUUCCCGAACUUCUUCAUGAUCAAUGGUCCUUUAGGUCCAUUCACCGACAAUCCGCCGGCGAUCGAGGCUCAAGUAGAAUGGAUCACAUCGAUCAUCCAAGAAGCAGAGAAAGCAUCAACCUCGUCUGCAGUAAUCGAAGCGACUCGAGAUGGCCAGAGACGGUGGUCCGAGGAAUGUGAGAAACUGGCGGCGAACUCGCUGUUCUGGAAAGCAGAAGACAACUGGAUCUUUGGCGCGAACAUACCUGGCAAGAAGAGGUGUUUGCGGUUCUAUUUUGGCGGGAUGGGAGGAUUCCACGAAGAAUUGCGCAAGUGUGCUGCAAACCAUUACCCCGGCUUUGAGCCUUUUGCGCAAGAGCAGGCAGUGAAAGCGUGA